UCAUUCACAUAUAAAAAGAAGCAUCAUCGCAUGAGUAUCUCACAACACAUCAUAAUGACCAAAGAAAUGGAUUCAUCACUUAAAAUCAUCGACGAGGCACAAGUCCCUCCAUCAAACUCUGACUCGUCCGAGUCACUCACUCUCCCACUCACCUUCUUCGACCUCCUCUGGUAUAAACUUCACGCCGUCGAACGAGUCAUCUUCUACAAACUCACUGACGCAACUCGUCCUUUCUUCGACUCAGUCAUCGUCCCCAACCUCAAAACCUCUCUCUCCUCCUCCCUCUCUCACUACCUCCCACUCGCCGGAAAACUCGUCUGGGAACCACUUGAUCCCAAACCAAAAAUCAUCUACACCCCAAACGACGCCGUUUCAUUCACCGUCGCCGAGUCAAACGCCGAUUUCUCUCGUUUAUCCGGCAACGAACCAUACCCCACCGCCGAGUUAUACCCGUUAGUCCCUGAGUUACAAGUUGCCGAUGACUCAGCCGCCGCCGUGUCGUUUCAAGUCACGUUAUUUCCAAACCAAGGGUUUUGCAUCUGCGUUAACGCACAUCAUGCCGUUUUAGAUGGAAAAACGACAACCAUGUUUCUCAAAUCUUGGGCUCACACAUGUAAAAAUCAAGAUUCUUCUCUACCGGACGAUCUUAUCCCAAUUUACGAUCGUACGGUCGUAAAAGAUCCAACGGAUUUAGAUACAAAAGUCUUAAACGCUUGGCACAAAGUAGGCAAAGUCUUCACCGGUGGUAAAGAACCAGAGAACCCUAAAAGUUUAAAGCUUUUAUGGUCGCCGGAAGUUGGUCCCGACGUUUUUCGAUACACUCUCAGUCUCACUAAAGAGAAUAUCCAAAAGCUUAGAGAAAGACUUAAGAAAGAGUCUUCCUCCUCUGUUUCCUCAUCACCAAAAGAGCUUCGUUUAUCAACGUUUGUGAUUGUUUACUCUUAUGCUUUAACGUGUUUAAUCAAAGCUCGUGGCGGUGAUCCGAAUAGACCAGUCGGGUACGGAUUCGCAGUGGAUUGUCGAAGCCUUAUGGUUCCACCAGUUCCUUCUAAUUAUUUUGGUAAUUGUGUCUCUGCUUGUUUUAAAAUGCCGAUAAAGGCAGAGAGUUUUAUGAGUGAAGAAGGGUUUUUAGCUGCUGCAAGAUUGGUUAGUGAUUCGGUUGAGGCAUUGGAUGAGAAUGUAGCAUGGAAGAUUCCAGAGCUUUUGGAAGGGUUUGCGACUCUUUCACCAGGAGCACAAGUUUUGUCUGUUGCCGGGUCGACCCGGUUCGGAGUAUACGGGUUGGAUUUCGGGUGGGGUAGACCGGAGAAAGUGGUGGUUGUGUCGAUUGAUCAAGGCGAAGCGAUUUCUAUGGCGGAGAGUAGAGAUGGGAAUGGUGGUGUAGAGAUUGGCUUCUCGCUCAAGAAACAUGAAAUGGAUGUUCUUGUUGAGUUGCUUCAUAAAGGGCUAGAAAAUUAAAUCAUAUUUUUUCCUUCUUCAUAAGAGUAAAAUAAUACCUCUCUGUAUCAAUUAAGAUGUUUAAGAUUUUUACACACAAAUUAAUAAAACAAAAAACUCUCAUUUAAUUUA